AUACAGAUGGAAAAAAACAAUGUGAGUAGAUGUGAGUGAUAAGUAAAAAUAUGUUUAAGUCCAAGAGUUGAGAUGUAAAAGUUUAUUUAAUGAUUUUAAUAAGUAAUUGAUUGUAAAUUAAUUAGCUAUAUAGUAAGACCAUGACUCAUGUAGAGAAGCGACAAACCCGCACGGGGAAAGAAACCAUACACUCAGGACACUUCAUGGUGUCACAUUUUGAAGCAGAAGAACAAGAUGAUUUUGAUGAUUUGGCUGUCCCCGUGCCUGACGAAGAACAAAUUAUUCAGAAAAAUUCGGUUGUUGCAACCUAUACUGUACCUGGAUCAUCCAAAACAUUUACUUUGUCUGAUAAAGAAGAAAGUAAACAACACCAACAACUUUCUAUAGAAAUAUCACUUACUAAGUUGUUUAAAUGUAUGUCCUUGGCGUAUAGACAAAAAUUAACUUCACCCAAAUGGAAUCGUUUCAAAGGUAUAAAACUCCGUUGGAAGGACAAAAUCAGACUAAACAAUGUUAUUUGGAGAUGUUGGCACAUGCAAUGUAAGUAUCUUUAUUUCAAAUAUUUUUCUAUUUACAUGGUGUAACUGUUUAAGUUCAUUCAUUAAUUUGUUCAUUAUAACAUAGGCAAUCCCUAUAGAUUGCUUCAUAGGGGUGAUAUUUGCCAUAGUUACUGUGGAUGGGCAGGCUUGUUGGCAACUACAAUUUUUUAUUAUUAUUGAGUCAUUAUCAGGAACAUUCUGUGGCCCAUCUCCCGUUUCAGUUUAACUCUGUCUCAUCUUACAACAUUCAUGGGUAAUAUGGGGUAGUGGAUUCUCUUACUACGGCGACAAUAACAAUUAGAGUAAUACAUCCCCAACUACGGUUUUUAUUCAAAUGUCUGUUUGUGUGUAUCUCUAUUAUGCACAAAACUGGCAUGAAGAAGUUUUACUAUAAAAAGUAUUUAAUAUUUAAUUAUAUUUUUCUAAUGAACCCAAGCUCAAGAGGGCACCAAUUAUCAGUGUUAAAUGAAAAUUAAUAAUUUUUGUUCAUUAAGAAUUAUAUUAAGUAAUUAUUACCAUCAAACAAUGUAAUAAAUUACUACACAAUAUCAAUAAUUGAAGUUCACUUUUGAGAGAAUCAAAACUAUUUGCAGAUAGUGUGUUAUCCCCUUCAGAAUGACAAAAAAUAUUUUUAUUUUCGAUGUAAUUGUAGACUUAUUUGAGAUCCCUGAGGUCUUAAGUGUCUGGGAAAAAUAAUUAAAAAAUUCCCCGCACAAUCGUGCAUUGUUGUUUUCAAGUGUUGUAAAGCAUGAUCAUGCAUGCUUUAUGAAGAAAGGCAAAAAUCAAAGCCAUUAAAAUUAUUGUUUAUCUAAAUUUAUCAACAUUAUUUUCGUUAUUACAGUAUUAUACAUAGGCUGCACUAAAAGUAUCGGGAAUGGAAUAUUUCCACUGUUCAUGUCAUAUUAAAAUCUUUUUAAUUGAAAACUCCUUGGUUUUAAAAAUCGAAGACCAUUUAUUUAUAUAAAAAAAGAUUCUCGGUCUUGUCACAAGGUUUUGUCAAACUUGUUUAGUCGUUGAGAAAAUGGAAUUAACGGGAUUCUGUUGUCAUGGUGAUUGGUUGUCACACGGGUUUGAUAAAUUUUCUCAAGAAGAUUUUAAUUAACGACGUUAUUUUAGUUUGAAUUGCUAUAUAUUUUUUAUUUUCAAACAAAUUAUUGUACGUAAGUGUUUAAGUAAUUCCUAGCUAGCUUAUCUACUGGGGAUGGAAGAGAUUGAACAGGAUUCAGAUCCUGCGGAUGAUGCCGGAAAAUCUGGAUCUUCACCCGACCUUUUUCUUAAUUCUAAUCCUACUGAUACAUUUUAUCAGUCUGAUACUGGUAAUCCUAUGAAACGUAAAGCCUAUAAUAUAUCAUCCUUAAAUUUAGAACCGAAGAAAAAAGUGUCUUCUCUUCCUUCAGCAGCCAUACAGAAUGUAUUUGUUCAUCCAUUAUCUGAAGAAAAGAAACGGUAUAAUAGUAAUGACAGUGCACCUUUUAUUGUUCACAUUAUGAAACCGUCCGUGGAGCCCUCUUCCGGAACUACAAUUCAGCUAAUUAAAGUGGGUCAAUUUCUGUACCAAAACAAUAUUCAGGGAAUUUUAAAGAAUGGUGUUAAGAGCAUAAGACGCAAUCGUAUUUCUAUUGAGUUUUGUUGCCCCCAACUAGCUAACGAUUUUGUUGUAAGUCCAUUACUUGCUAAAGCAAAUUUUGUAGCCGUAAUUCCUACCUAUGCUAUUACGAGAAUGGGUAUCAUUAGAGGUGUUCCAAUCGAUAUAGGUAUGGAUGAAUUCGUUUCUGCAUCAGAAGUUGCUUCUUCUACGGAAAUAAUUCGCGCUCGUCGUUUAAACCGUAAAGUUAUUAAAGCAGAUAACUCUGUUGAGUGGAUUCCAACAUCAACGAUUGUUAUUACGUUCUCCGGUAAAUUACUGCCCUCACAUGUUUUUGUCUAUUUCACGUCAUAUCCUGUAGAACCUUACCUUUUACCUACAAUACAAUGUUAUAACUGCUGUCGUUUCGGUCAUGUUAAGUCUAAAUGCAGAUCUAAGCCUCGUUGUUAUAAAUGUGGACAACCACAUGAUGGAGAAUCAUGUGAAGUUACCUCGGUCACAUGUCUUCACUGUACUGGUAAUCAUGCAGCUAUUAGUUCAUCCUGUCCAGAAUUUAAUAGACAAAAAUCUAUUAAAGUAAUUAUGUCCCAAGAACAUAUCUCUUAUGAUGAAGCAUCUGUAAGAGUCCGCCCAUCCAAACGAGCCUAUUGCGACAUUGCAAGCAAAACUCCUUUAAAUCCAUCUCCUAAUACGAGUAAUAAGAAUUCAUUAAAAAAAACUUUCUAUAUAAAUAGGAAACCACGUUCUCCAGCAUCUGAUCAUGGGUAUGACCAUACAGCCCAUGAAUCCAUGAUCAAAACCCCAAGAAGUUCUCUUCCUAAUAGAAAUGCUUACCCUAAAGAUAAUGAGCAAAACCAUACUUCUCCAAAUGAAAAUUUAAUAGACUUACUUAUAUCCACACUUAUGUGUAUCAUUUCGAUAUUUGACGACCACUGUUUACCUCCAAAUUUAACCCAGUCUCUUGAGAAACUAUCGAUGCUCUUAAAUAAUAUAAAUAAGCAUGGCUACGAUUCUUCAAUGGAACUGUCGCAGUAUUAAACAUAAAAAAGGCGAUUUAAUCUAUCUUAUCAACAAAUACAACCCGUUUCUUGUAGCAUUAUCAGAAGUUUAGCUUCACCAGAAAUCUCACUUCCGUAUUCCUGGUUUUGCCUGCCUUCGCGAAGACAGGAAAGAUGGUUAUGCCGGUGCUGUAAUCCUAGUUAAUAGAUUACAUUCAUUUAUCAAGGUUUCACUUCCUCAACAUAGUGAGGAAUUAAACGUUGUAGCUUGCAAAUGUAAUGAUAUCACUUACCUGUCUUUCUAUAUUCCUCACCCACAUCCAUCACUGAUCACUGAAUUAAACUUAAUAAUUUCAUCUAUUACUCCUCCUUUUAUAUUACUAGGUGAUUUUAAUGCUCACCAUGUCUCAUGGGGCUCAUGCAGAAAUGAUACUUUUGGCUAUCUUUUAAUGGAAUUGUUUGAUGAAUUUAAUAUUUGCAUUUUAAAUGAUGGAUCUCCAACAAGGAGAGUAUAUCCAUCUCAAAAUCCUAAAAGUGUUGUUGAUCUAACUUUAUGUACCCUAAAUCUUACAUCACAUAUUAAUUGGAAAGUUUUAUCUCACUCAUAUGGUAGUGAUCAUUACCCAAUAUUACUUUCAUUAGCCAACUGCUCAAUACCAAUCAGAGUUUUUUCUCCGCUGUUAAAAUAUAAUUUAAAAGGAGCGGACUGGGCUAAAUUCUCAUCGUUAUCAGAUUCGGUACUCUCUAAAUUUUAUAACAGUCACUCUAAUGAUAUAGAGACAAACUACAAAAACUUUGUUAAGUAUCUUUUACUCACCGCAGACUCAUGUUUCACACGAAAAAUUUCGCCUCCUACCAAAAUUUGUUCUCCCCCAUGGUGGGAUGAGGAAUGCACACUCAGUGUUAAAAAACGAAAACAAGCUGAACGUCUAUACUCCUCCAAUAUGUCUAUUGAAAACUUUUU